GUAAACUUCAAACUCUUGAUCUGCUGCUGAGAAGACUAAAAGUUGGAAAGCACAGGUAAAAAGAAUACAAAUUUACCUUGCCAACAUGUGUCAGUCUAUUGCUUUGUGAAAACCAAUCUGUCAGUGGUGAUGUGACAGAUUCUGUAAUGCAAUGUAACAGUCCAGAACUUGUUCUUUAUGAUUUAUGAAGCAAAUAAAAUUUGGUAUUUGGCUUUUGUUUUAGACAUUUAAUAUGAUGCUUAUAGUUGCAUUUCAACUUGAUGUUCACAGGGCACUGAUAUUUACCCAAAUGACCAAGAUGCUAGAUGUUCUAGAGAGCUUUUUAAAUUACCAUGGUUACAUCUACCUGAGGCUUGAUGGCACAACAAGGGUGGAGCAAAGACAGGUCUUGAUGGAGCGCUUCAAUGCUGAUACUCGCAUCUUCUGCUUCAUCCUCUCCACACGCAGUGGCGGACUAGGUGUCAAUCUUACUGGUGCAGACACAGUCAUCUUUUAUGACAGUGACUGGAAUCCUACAAUGGAUGCCCAAGCACAAGACAGAUGUCAUCGCAUUGGUCAAACCAGAGAUGUCCACAUCUACAGACUGAUUAGUGAGAGGACAAUAGAGGAAAACAUCCUGAAGAAGGCCAAUCAGAAAAGAAUGCUGGGUGAUAUUGCUAUUGAGGGUGGAAACUUUACCACUGCCUUUUUUAAAGAAGUAGGUUGAGAUACUGUUCCUGAGUGUGUUAUUGUUUUGUAACUUUUUUCAAACUGUCCACAGGGUUAUUUAACUCUUCCAAUCCCAAGGUGUCACUAGUAAUUCUCUCUACUGUCUGCCAUACAAUUCUUGAGAUGAGGGUCAACAACAGUCACAAAGAAGUUUGUGGAAAGUCAUGGAACUUUAUAAGGAUGAAAAACUAGAAACCUCUUGACUGAUAAAAGAGCUGUAUGAAUUGUGUUUCAUGUUUAAUUUUAUAUUCUUCAUUGUGCAGACUACACUGAAGGAUCUCUUCACCAUUGAACCAUCUACUGAAGCUACUAACACUCAGCCUAGUAUUACUAAGACGGAGCCCAUUGAUGAAGUUGUCACACAAGAAUCUCAAGAAGAGUCUGAGACAACUGCAGAAGUUGGUAGCACCAAGACUGGAGCUGGAAAAGUGUCACAGAACUUGCUGGAGCAGGUACAUAGAAUACAUGUGCUUUGUUUACAUGUAUGAAGUCAGUUUAGGUUACAUUCCUUUGUUACACCAUCUUUCAGGCGUUGUUCAAAGCAGAAGAUGAACAGGAUGCGUGUGCUGCUACAAGAGCUAAGGCUGAAGAGGCUGCAGAAUUAGCAGAAUUUGAUGAAGGAAUCCCCCUGAGUGAAGAUGGAAAGGUUCGUUAGUAAGAUUCGUUCUCUUUAAAUUACCACAUCUAAAGUACAGUAAUGGUGCAUAGCUUUGUGACUAGUGAUUCAGUUGACUUAAGACAUUUGAUAUCUACAAUGAAAUGAUAUUAUAAACUGGCUUCUUGAAAUAUUGUUCUACCAUUUUGGCAGGCAAGCAUAACACUUGGGUUUCAGUUGUGAAUUCUAUAAGGGCAAAUUACUAGCUCUUAUAAUUUUUGCAAAGGUGAAAGUCGAAGUGUGAUCUCUUUCACUCUCAAAAGCAGUCUGCAGCACGAGUCCCCAGCAUCUGGACAACUAACUUUCUAAUUUAAUUCCAGGUAAAAGAAGAGAAAACUAAGGAAAGUUUUUUAUUGCUUUAGGAAGAAGAGCAGUCCAAAGUAGAGGAAGAACUAUCUGCUCUGGAGAGCCAGGUGAGGAACAGAUUUCAAUGUGCUCUUCCAAUCUCACAAAAGAAGUAACAAAUUAACAAAAAAACAAAUGCAAAGCAAGCAAACUUUACCUUACAUUUUCCAGUACGAUUUUUCAGUCCUCACUGUAGGAAUUAUUGUUUAUUUUAAUAUUCUCUUGAAUUCUUUCUAAAGAUGACUGCUGUGGAAAGAUAUGCAAUUCGGUUCUUGGAAUCAUCUGGUGCUUACAUUACGCUGGAACAAAUCAAAGCAGCUAAGGUAAGCUGUCUCACUUAAACUUCAAAUGAUAAACACUAAGAUGCAAUGAUGUGACAACCAAACACAGGUACAAAAUUGGGGACCUCCACCCCAGGGUUUCAGUAGCUUUUUUCAUUAGUGGAUGUGGAUGUAGAUGGUGUUAUAGGCGGCUGUGUCCAGAAGUGAGCAGGUGACACCCAAAAAUGAGAGCCUGCUCACAAGCUAAACAGAUGGCAGUUAAAGGUCUUAUAUGUGACAGCAGACCAACAGUAACAAACUUUAAAUGAAACUCCUGAAACUACAAAUUUAGUUCCCAAAAUUGUUCUAGUUGCCACAGGGACAAAAUGGUUGCAACUUGGAGUGUUGUUCAGAAAUAAAAGAUUAUUGUGUAUUCUCUUUGUCCAAACUUGCAAUUGACAGGAUGAAGUGGAAAUGGCAAAGAAGGACUGGGAGCUUGGCCAUCUGCAAGCUUUGAAGAAGGAGGAAGAAAAAAGAGCUGCUGAAGAGGAGGAUGAAAUCUUGUACACAUACACACGAGAGGAAUCCUUGCAGGUUAAAAAGAAUAAAUCAAAAUUGCGUAGAUCAAAAGCAAAUAGCAAGUGUUCUGGAAAAAAUUCCCUAAUGUCUAAACGAGCCAAAAAGAACUUGAAAUCAGAAACACAAAGUAACGAGGCUCAAGCGGCUGUCAGGAACAGUCGCAGUACCAGUCGAACUUCAUCUAGAGCAAGCAGUAGAAGUAGUAGUUGCAGUAGCUCUAGAAAAAGUGCAAGGAGAAAUUGACUUUGGUAGGGAAUUAGCUUGUUAUGUGGGAGAAUGUCCUGUGAGAAUAACCUUAGAAAUUUGCAGACUCCCUGCUGAUGAAAAUCAAACAAAUUAGUUCUCAAAGAAAUCACAGACCAUUUGUUCCCAAGUGUAAAACAUGUUUCUAAAAGGUAAGGCAUACUUAUUCAGUUGUCAGUUUUCCGGUUAAAAAAUUACGGAAGGGUGGUUCAAAAAUUUCCUUCUUUCUUAUCAAGGAAUUCCCUGCAAAAGAGAUUUACAAAAAUAAUAAGUUACUAGACAUUCAUUGUAGGCUAUUUAUGGAAAGCAUUUGCCAAAAUUAUUGAAUUUAAAUGCAGGGAACCAACCAUGGAAAUGUAUGAAUUUGGUGCUUUUGUUGAGGAAAAGUGCUCUCAAACCUUUCAAAUAAAAAAAGAUGUUUGAAUGUAAAAGGUUGUCUGUCAUUUUUUGUAUCUUCUCUUGAUUGAUUGCUGGCAUUUGUAUAAUAUUUUGAAACUGUUGGAUUAACCAGCCCUAGUAAGCUCGUUAGUUCAAUGUUUGCCAGUGGUUUUGGAUGGCUGUACAGUGUUAGCAUUGCCAAUGUUAUAUUUUUGGUGUCCAAAGUUGUCUUGGACUUUCCAAGAUGAAAUUUAUCUUGUCCACAUUUUCAUCAAAUCCUUCUUAUCAUUACUUCUUUGAUGGUGCUUUGGCUAGCUUGUUUGCUAGUUUUAAGUUUAAUGCAGUUGUGUUAGUGUUUGUUAGUAGCACUACUGGAAGUACUUUUCCCCAACCCUCUUUCAUGGCACAAAACUCUAAAUGCUUUUCUGUGAAUAAACUGCUGCAGCAUCUUUUGCAUCAUCCUUGCUUAAAUUGUUUUGAUGAAUUAAUUUUGAUGGAAAUAUUUUCUCUAUUAAUGUGGUGUUUGGUCCUUUUCUUUGCAAUAACAGCAACAAUUAUAACACAUAACCAACCAGAUUAACAACUCUUGUGUUCAGAGUUACUUUACAACACUGAGUCCAGUGAACUCUUUCAUUAGCUCUCUUAACUCGUUAACACUAGCUUGAGCAUAACAAUGCAUCUCUGUGGUCUUGCAAGAAUAGCAUUCUUUGGUUCACUGUUACUACGUGCUAGCCUUACGCCAUCCAACCAAUCAAGAGAAGGUAGAAAAGUGACAGGCAUUUCAAGGCACUUUGGAACCAAAUUUGCUGAACAGCUAUACAGAGCUACUGGCUUAUCCUUAACUCCCUUCCCCUCCCCUCUUUAACAUUGGUAGAAAAUAGUACAUGGCAGGGGGUGGGGGAGAUAUGAAAUUUCUCUCAAGAUUUUUUCAAUGGAGGAAAGAAAUUUGGUUUCCCUGUAAAAAGGGGGAUCUUUUCAAGUGUGGAGAUAACAUGUUAUCUUAAUUUGUGAAGGUAUCAUGUUCUUGUGCAAAACCUCCGUUGGUAUUUCAUUGGUUUCUUUAUCGUGAAAGCAUUUCCUUUCUUCCACAAAUAUUUUACAAUGGUUGGAUUUAAAUUUACGGCUUCAGUAUGCAGAAUGAUGUAUAAUGCCCUUCUCCUUUGUUUCUUUAAUAUCUCCUAUUUGGGGCAGCACCCUUAAUGGACCGGUCUUUUAGUAGUACGCAGUAGUUUGGGAAAUACAGUAGAUCCAUCCCAUAAAUAAACACAUGAAUGAUAGCUGUUAUCGAAAAAAAAUUUGGAACAAGGCACCCCUUUCCUCUCCUUGACUUUGUCUUCUUAUCCAAUUAAAUAUACUUACCAAUUCUCUGGCACUAGACACAUACUCUGGCUUUCACAUUGCAUAGUAGAGCUUGGAAUGAAAUUUGACUUCCUUGAAAAUUGUAGUUGCCACUGAAAAAUAGGGUUUUUCAUAUUUCUUAAUCCUUCUAUUCUUAAGAUCCUGGAAGAAACUCUCCUUACUGUCUGCAAUACAAUUCUUAUGAAGUUAGUUGAGAGAAUUUGGUAUUGGAUCAACCAAUAGUUCCCAAAUUUAUAUUUUGCUGUUUUCGCAUCGCUUGUCUGCUUGAUGUUGUAUUGAUAUUAUAAGAAGAAAGUCUCUGUCUUGAUCACUUGUGGAAGUAAUGGGAUCAGUGAGGAGCACUUUACAAAUAUUAGAUCAGUAGCAUUCUCCACUCUUCAAACAAUUGCAGCCUGGUGAUGAUAUUAGAUCAGUUUAUUGUCCGUUGGUGGAAAUUAACCCUUUACAUCCUAAAAUCAGCAUGCACUUUCUCCAUACUCUUCUUUAUACAUUUCCUUAGGUGCUGACACAGAGAAUUUGUUUACCAAUCAAAACCUUUCAUUAGUGAUCAUUUCCUUUAUUCUCAUGAUCUUAAUGUGUGAUUCAGGGGUGAUAUUGUAGGGAGAGAUUAGAUGCUAGUCACUCUUAUGGUUUAAAGGGUUAAUUAAUCAGUGAGCUCUCAUUGUUUUCCACCAGGUGUAUGUGAAUGAUGCUACUGGUGAAGAGAUGCCAGUAAGUAUUCAAUUAUUUAGAACUUGUAUGCACCACACAUUAAGCAGAUAAAGACAGCUUUGGUUAGAACAGUGGUUCAAAGAUCACCAGCACAACCAAGUUCUGUCACCUCAACAUUCUUACAACUUACUACUGUAAAUCUCCUCAAAAGUUGGAAAUUUCACUGAAGAAAUGUAAAAUGGUUGCUGUGUUUACAUAGCCUGAUGUAAACACGUGGGAGAUUGGGAGAACAUGAGAUAAGUGUAGGAAACCAUGACACAGAGCGGAGUGGUUUCCAGCUUAUCGAGUGUUCUCCCAACCUCCCGUGUGUUUACAUCAGGCUAUGUAAACACUGAAACCAUUUUACAUUUAUUUUAUAAAAUAACUAAUGAAAGAGCCUCUUCUUGCAACAAAGGAAAGCGACAUGCUUCUUGUUGUUGUUCAUUUGGCUUUUUGGCCAUUUCUUGAAUACUGGGAAAAUUAAACUCCAAAGAAAAAUUAGGAAAAUCUUCUUCUUCCAUUACUGUACUCAAAACAAACUUAAAGAAACUGAGUUACUGCUAAAUAAAUAGCAGGGAGAAGAUUCAGUAUGAAAACUGUGUUUACAUACGCUCAUGUAAAAUGGUCUUAUGGCCAAUCAGAGCACACGUACUAUUUGAAUUAUUUUAUAAAAUUGAUUACAGCUUAUGGCAUGCACAGAGAUUGAAAUCUUUGAAUUGGCAUAUCAUUUUUCUUAUUUAAUGUGCAUUCCUUGGUUUCGCCACCAACCCUUUAUACUCAAACAUCAGUAUACAUAUUCUCCAUACUGUUCUUCACACAUUUGCUUAGGUGCUGUUAGGGAGAAUUUGUUUGACAAUCGGUUUCUAUAAUAGGAGUUGUUUCCUUUAUUCUCAUGACCUAACUAUGUAAUUCAGGGAUGAUAUUGUAAGGAGAAAUUAGAUUUUAGUCACUCUUGGGAUUCAAAGGGUUCCAUGCUUUCUGCUGUGUGGAUUUUCUUUUACAUCAUAAACACAAAGCUAAGAAUGUAGAAAGAGUUCUUCAAACAAAGUAACAUUCAAAAAUAUUUUCCUAUACUUUACCAAUUGGGGUAAGCAAGUCCAAUGUGAAUUAUCUUUUGCAGAUCUGGACUCCACCCACCCCACCCCGGGAUGGACAAGAUGAAAUAUAUGUGGACCCAACUUUGGCAUUCUUGUAUGAGACAUCACCUAUGAUUCCAAACCGUCUCCCGCCUCUUUAUCUGACAAAGUAAGUAUCUAUGAGACUGAAGUACAGAUUUCAGCAGGGAUUUUAUUAAGGGCCAGGCACCAGGCAAGUUGAUUAGCUGUAAAAGCAACUUUUCCUAACUGCAUUCAAAAUUUCAUCUAAAGAAUUCAGCACAAGUUAAAUCCAGAUGGGCUUCAGCUCCAAAUCUUAAUGAAACUUCUGCUUGAUGCUAGCAGUCUGUUUAGUGGAAAUCGUACUUCCUUCAGAUUUUCCCUGUGGUGUGCUGUAAAAUUUGUCUUAGCUUAGACCAACUCAGUACUAACUGUGUCAUUUGCUCUGCAGGCCACAUCAAACAGGAAAGAGAACUGUACAUAAGUCUACUGUUUACUUCAGAGAUCAACUCCAGGGAGCUGCCAAGUAAGUCAUUGUGUAUAGAAGUGUCAUUAUUGAGAGGUAUUUUAGUUUGAAUCAUACAUCUUUGUCAGCUUUCUCUAUUUUUCCAGUAUUAUGUUGUAUACUACAGAUAAAAGAUUUUGCUGGCACUUUUUGGUCACUUUGUUUGUUUAUGUUUUUCCUGCUUGACAAAAUGUUUGUUAAUUGUGACUGUAUUUCUCCCCCCCCCUCCUCUCCUGUCAAUUGCAAAAGAGAAAAAGGUGAGAAUACCUAAGUCUCAAAUCAUAUGAAAAUGUUUUUCCUAAUUCAUUUUUUGUUUCCUUAUGCUGCAGAGAUCGUGUCAGCCGACCUACAUCAGUAUUUGACAGGAAUGGAUAUGAUCCAUUUGCGAGAGCUCGUCGCAGUUCAUUAAGUAAGAAGUCCAAAAUGAAACAAAUGAAGCAGCAGGUUGCACCCAGUAUAGUGAAACAGACAGACUACUCUCAGGUACAUGAUAGAUGAUCAUAGGAAUAGAAUUGCCUGUGUAUGUUUACUUCCCUGGCUGGGAUGCUUUCCCACUGCAGGUUGUCCCUCAAGAUUUUGUUAGUCUUCAAUGAAAAUUUGCCUGUACCCAUCGUACUCUUGGGGUGAAGAAGGACAGUGUGAAUAUAAGAGUGCUUGGUUCAAGAACACAACACACUGGUUUUUAAAAGGGCAUGAACACAGAGCUCUAGCAGCCAUACCUUGUUCUCUCAAAAUUAGUGCAACCCAAAAGAAGUUGCAGAAUGAUCUAUCAAAUAGCUAAGUACUGUCAAUUUUACAAUUGUAAAAAUAUCUCUUUAAAGGGGGCUGGAGUUCCAGAAUGGUUGAUCCAUGAAGACUGGGCUUUAUUACAGGUAUUUGCUGCAACUUCCUUGAAAUAUUUAUUUAUCCAUUAUUGACAUGUUAAGCAUGUUUUAGCAGCUUUAGACUGAAGUUGCCUUGAAAACCACACUCAGAAGGCCAAUUUUUAUCUUCAAUUCUAUUCAAAGGCUGUAAAUUCCUUGCAAGAAUUACCAUUGGAUCUUGCUGUAAAUGUUCCAAGUCAAACACCUAACUGGGACAUUGUCUGCGACAUUGUCAAUCUCACAAGUCGAACAUUCCGCUCAGCUCGACAGGUAAGAACUUGUAACUUUGUUGGGAUGUGAGAAUUGAAUUUAACUCCAUAAUCUAGCAGCAAAAUAAUCUGAUCAUGCUAAAAUGAAUAAUCAUCAGGGUAAUUUAAUAUUAUCCACUGAGUUGAUAACGUAAAUUGGCCACCGUAAAGAGUUUAAAAGCUGACGUCUCAAGUGUUACCACUGACCAAGGGCUAAUGUCCAAAAUGUCAGCUUUUAAACUCUUAACAGUGGUCAAUUUACAUUAUCAGCUCAGUUGAUAAUACUAAAAUACCCUGUUAUACUCUCCCACUGAUGCAGUACCACAGUUUCUCUAGAAACUUACCCCCCUUUAUGAAUAAUCAUCAUCCUGAUUACAAGUAUUUGUUAGUCUUAAGAAUGUGUAGAUGUUCCCUUUCUAUUUUUGCUUUUUGUGUAGUGUCACUUGUACAGCAGUAGCCAUUUUGCUGAUUUUUUAAAUUCAUUUUUUUCACAGUGUCGUGAUCGCUACAUAAACAUGAUUAUUCCCAGAGAGGAGGGAAAAGUACCCUUGGUAAGAAGCAGCUUCUCAUUUCUUUUACCCCUUUUAUUUUCUUUACUUUACUUUGGCAAAUCAAAGUCGGAUUUAGCUAGAACUAAGGACCCUGGUAAAAACAGAGGUGAAUUAGGUUAAUUCUGGUUGACUUAAUUCAGUGUAACAACUUGUAACAAAGUAUGGUAAGACUCAUUUGACUUGCAGAUGGAAGUCAAGCAAAGAAACGAUCCUCACAGGCAGACUGAAAUUUAAGUAAUUGCUGAAUAAAAGCGUGAAAAUUCAGGCUUUGACACGAUUUGAACUGGUACCUCACAGAUAGUAGUUAGGUACUAUUGCCAACUGAGCAACAAAGCCACACAAAAGGCGCAAAGGAAAUUCUAUGGGGUUCUUCUUUCUUAUAAAGGAAUUUGAUCCUAACUUGUAAUGAAAUAAUUUUAAUUUGACCUGCAGAUGAAAAACAAGCAAAAAUAUGAUCCUCACAGGUGGACUGCAAUUUUAACCCUUUAACUCCUAAGAUCUCAUAAGUAAUUCUCCUUACUGUCUGCCAUACAGUUCUUGUGAUGUUAGUUUGCAGAAUUUGGUAUUGGAUCAACUUAUAGUCCCCUAACUGAUAUUUUUCUUUAUUCUCAUCACUUGUCUGUUUGAUAUUGUGUUGAUAUUGUAAGGAGAAAUUUUGUCUUGGUCACUUAUGGGAGUUAAAGGGUUAACAAUUGCAGAAAAGAAGUCUGAAAAAUUUCAAAUCACUUCUUUUCUUACAUAGUUAAUCUAAUGUCUAAUGAUGUUUUUUUUAAAUCAUUGUUUGUUACUGGGCUGUUAGCCUGUAGUAGAGGAGAGCUUGAAGAAACUGAAGACAAGGUUGAAGUCAUUUUCCCAGCCAUACCUUACCCAACCUCACAGCCUACCAGUCAAGGUAAAAAAAACUCAUUUCAAAAAGUCAUUUAUGUGGAAUUAUCACAUACAGUGUGAAAUCAAUGGUAAUCCUUACAAUAUGAUUGCAGUGAAGUUUAUGUAUAAAUGGCUCUAAAUUGUGUCUUUUUAUCAAGCUAAUAAGAAUGGAACAUGCCAAAAAACAAGAUUUACACAAAGAUAGUGAUUCUCAAUUGGUACUCUUUUAUCUUUUCUUUUCUGUUUUCUUUUUUCAUUUUUUCUCUUUUCUAAUAUUAGAUCAAUAAAACAAUGGUACUUAUCAAAAACUUCUAUCUAGGCAAUGAAACUGUUCAAUUUCAAAAUUUGCAUGAAUUAUGUGAUAAAGUGUAGAAGUUGUUGUGCAAUUUUUUGAUGAAAUCAUCUGUAAGAUGUCAAAUCAAACUUGCACUGUGUGCACAAAAUUUCAGACUAAAUUACACCUGAUUACAAACACACAUACUAUGUAAUAAUGACCUGCUUUAGUCAACCAAAGAGUAGUAUAUUUUGUUGAUGAUUAUAUCAAUUCUCAUUUCAUUUGUCAGAUUAAAGGCACAAAUGGAAGAUCAUUCAAAACACAUCAUCUGCUGGCUCAAGAUGGUGGCCGCUCACCAACUGUUGUACGAUCAUCGGUGUUUGAACUUGUGAAACGCACUUCCCAAAAGAGAAAACCACCUCUCAAGCAAUUGUGAGAAUUUUAUUUUCUUAACCUGGUUACUUGAUUUUUCUUUGCACCUCAUUGCAUUUUUGAACAAGGUUAAAAAAAUCACCCAAGUUAAUUGAGGAUGAAUCCAAGUCUGAAUUGUGAAUUUUAAAACAUCCUUUCAAUCAAUAACUUUUGCAUGUUUCAAGCUGUGAUCUAUGAAAGGAAAGGCCUUUCUUAAUAAACAGUUUCCUUCAAUCUGUGAAUACAGAUCUUCAUUCAAUUCACAAUAACAUUUUAUGACACCAAAUUGCUUAUUGAAAAGGAUCUACAUGUGCUAUUUAAAUUACAUGCACAGAACAGAACAUCUUUAAAGACAGAAAAAUGUGAAAAGUGCAAAUGAUUUACAAUCCUGUUGUGGAAAUAUAGAUAGAGACAGAACGAAAACUGGAGGUGAAGGGAACAGUGUUGAGUUUGGGUAGCAAAUAGUUUAGAGACAAAGCCACAGGGAACCUUCAGCUCUUUGCUUUAAAAUGCUGUAUCCUUGCCUGACAGUAUGAUCUCCAAACAAACAGUCCAGGCUUAUUUCACUGUCAGGUUAUAAUUUCUGAUUUCUUUUAUAUUUUUUCAAGUCAAAAUUUAGGGCAGUCUUUAUGGUGCGAUUUAUUUUGUUUUUCCAUCAACUGUCGCUCUUUGUAAAAUUGUCACAUUUUUUACUCUUAGGUUGGUGGAUCCUCAACUAAAGAAUUUCAAACAUUCUGCUGUAUUAAGUGCUAGGUAAAAAGAAACUCUACCUCUUCAUGAGUGACUCUGACAGUUUUAAUCUGUAAAUCCUUCACAUCCUAACAUCAAUAUGCAUAUUCCCCAUACUGUUCUCCAAACAUUUUCCUAAGUGCAGACAAGGAGAAUUUGUUAACAAUCAAGAGCUUCUCUAGAUUAUGAUUUUUUUCCUUUACUCUUGCUCCCUGUGUGAUUCAGGGGAGAUAUUGUGAGGAGGAAUUAGAUGCUAGUCCCUUACAGGCUGAAGGGUUAAAGAAUUUGUGAUUCAUUUGUUAAAGCACUGGACAGCAGUUGAACAGCUCCAUUUGAUCAAUAACCUUAUCCCGAUUGGACUCUAUGCAUUUUUUGUUAGAUUUCUCAGAAAUCCAAUCAUUAAAAAUCCAAGUCAGUUUCUUGAUUUGUUUAAGUACAAAAUCUUUUAUUGUUGAUUACUGUUAUUCUCUGCUACCCAAGUGGUAUUUCAGAGGAGAAGACUUUGAACCCAGUUCAGCUGGCUGCCAUAAAAACAGACCGACUCAAUAGAGAAAAAGCUGCUGCUGUAAGUAACUUGUGGUGCCUUUUUGUUCAGUUUUGUAUAGCUGUGGUUGUUUCAUUUCAUCUUGUUUGUUUUAAUUUGUCUAGUGGGGCAAUAUAUCCUUUGGUUGAUGAGCCCAAUUUUGUACUAUCUUGAAAUAUUCCAUCUGAGAAUACAUAACAAUCUAUAUAGUGAGUUUUUCCCCAUGUUCCUGGUAAAUCUUGUAUAAUCUUGGCAAUCUUGCUGUAAAAUUUCAGGUUUAAAACAAAGAAAUGAGAACUUUUAACGAGAGAUCGAACAUCAUGAUGCAAAAUUGUCUUUUACUUUGAAGGGAAAAGGCAGUGAUUGUAGUUAUUUUUUUCGAAGGGAGUAGAAUUUUAGGGUCUUCAGUUUUUCCUCUUGUGCAAUAACCUUUGAAUUGUCUAGUUUGUUGAUCAGGUAUUAGUCCCUUGUCCAUUGAAGAGCCAUUUAUAGGACUGGAGAAAGGGGGUGGUAAUUUUUCAGCAAAAGAAGCAUUUCCCCCACAGAAGAGAAUACAUGUAUUAUUAGAAAUCAUGGCCUGGAUUUGAUAAGGUCAGUUUUUGAUCACAGAUGUCUUUUUCACUUUUGCUUCAAUAUCUUCAGCAACAACAACAGCAACAGCAACAACAACAGCAGCAACAACAACAGUAUCAACAGCAGCAACAACAGCAACAGCAACAGCAACAGCAACAGCAGCAGCAGCAGCAGCAGCAGCAGCAGCAGCAACAACAACAACAACAACAACAAAAUCAAUCAGUCACAACACCUGCACAAUUACAACAGCCACAGGCCUCUCAGCUUCCACAGCAGACUGUGGCCAAACAGUUGCCAACCAGUGUGCAGUCACUACCUGCACAGAAAUUGACCACCACCACCCAGCUCAACUCCACAUCUGUAGCAGUAAGUCACUUGACAUUCCUUUUACAUGUCCUUGUUGACCAUCAAAUUGCUAGAUUUUGGAUAAAUCAAGUGCAUGUAGCUUCUUAAUGUUUUGUAGGAGGCAAUUUAUUGAGUGGAUGGUGCCAUCCACUCUUCAACAGGGGCUCAAGGAAUUGAAUGAUUUAGUGGAGACAUAUAUCUUUAGGUGUGUUAGAGAUAUUGUAAAGAAUAUUAUAUGAUAAAUUACACUUACAUUUGAUAAAUACUUUUAUUUCAGACAGCAGCAGCACUUCAGAAAAGUGCAGCUCUUCAGGGAGCUACAGGAACCACACUUGCAUCAACUUUACUCAAGACAUCAGGUCAGUACAGUCUGGAAUUUUUCAAACUCUGUAAGUUGUUUUCAAAAGAUUGCGGGCUAUUAAGCUGACCCGAAGAGCUUGUUAAGGUCUUGGCUUUAACUCCAAAGAUAUGAUUGUUAAUUCUUCUCUCAAGCUGCUGCAUAUUUCCUUGAAAAGUAGUUAUCAGAAUUUGGUGUUAGAUCAAGAUAUAAACUUCUACAGUACCUGUUAAGUUUGAGCUCUCUCAUUACCUGUUUGGAUAAUGAAUGGAUAUUAUUGUGAGAGGUUACAUGUUAAUCACUUGGUUAACUAAAGAAGAAGUCAUUGAACUAAAUGAUCUGUCCACCUAAAAGGACUACUUCUCACUGACUGUUGUUCAUUUGGUAGCUUCUGGUAUUGUACUUACCGGUCAGACUGUUCCAACCGGGACUGCAUCAAGCAUCGUGGUCAACACACACAAGGGUAAUGCAGCAGGUCUGAACUCCUCAUUUGCUACCAUCAACAAAAGGAUGCAAGGAAAAAUACCAACCCCUCUUCAAGUACAAACGGUGAGUUUGAACAGGGCUGUUUUGCAAUUUUUGUAUUGAUUGGGGGUAGGUUCUUGGAUGGUUACGAAUGAGGGUGCAACUUUUCUGUGAAAGCAAGGAAGUCACCAUGAUAACUCAGUCAAAGCCCACACCCAGAAACUCAUCAACAGCUGUAAACCAGCGUAUGGAGUGAAUCUUACUGAAGAAUAGCAAGUUACUGUGGAGAUGCAAGAAACAAAACCAAAGAAGAGAAACAUUUCCAGAAUAUCUUAAGAGGGUAGUUUGCUAUUGAAGGCUUGAAGGGAGAUGUAGUUGUAAUGUGACUCUCAAAUCUUUUGGUCUUAUUAAAAGAUGAUUUACUUAACAACUAGAUUCCAGGUCUGACUCCAGAAUGUGAUAAGAACAUAAAUGUGGCAUAUGAAGGGCAGCCGAGUGUGUCACUGAUGUUCUGCCAACAUUUUUACUUAUUCUGUGAUCUAUUACUGUACAGACAUGGAAUCUAGUCAUUUUGUAUGUUAAAAAAGCAACAUUGUUACUGGUGACAUCGUCCAUGCGUCUAUUCUUCCAUAGAUCAUGAGCAAAGAACCAAUCAAAAUGCAUAUACAAUUCAGUGUAUCAUUUAAUUUUUUAUGGAAUUAUUUUUUGUUUGCUAGAAGGUGUCUUCAGCUGGUGUAGCCACAGCAAGACUAGUACAGACUCAGCCACGUCAAGUUAGCGGUUCCCUGGCAUCGAGCACAGCAACGUCAAUAACACUAGGUGCUACCAACAGCAUGACACCUGCAUCAUCAGCAGCUGUGGUCAGUCAGGUAGGACACACUCUUUACAGAAUCCCAUUGUGUGUGCGAGUCUGACAUGUAAAUGUGAAAUGGUUAUACUGUGCAGGAUAACAACUUUCUCCUUUCCUGUCUUUUUUCCUAGAUCGGACUGCAGACUACUUCACCAGUUGUCACUGCAAGUAUGUAAAUGUAUUUUACCGACACUGUUUUGUAUUAUGUUUAGUUUUAUAUAUACAAUGGCCCCCAUUUGGCUUGAUAAUGUGUUUGUAUAUUUGUCAGCGGACAUUAUCUGUUCUGAGAUGCAAACAGUUUUCCGAGAGUGAAGCUUGAGGAACAGAUAAUGUUCAAGGACAAAUAUAUGAGCACAUUUUCACACCAAAUGGAGGCUAUCAUGGUUAUUAUCCUUCAAAUAGUUAUGCAACAGGCAGGAAACUGUUUAUUAACAACUUUCUGUUUGCUCCAUGGAAUGUUUACUUUUCAGUGUUCUCUGGCAUGACAUUGUGAUCAAACAGUUAUGUCUCUUUUGUAGCCGUUGCUAAACGCUCUAAAUGCUCAUGAAUUAAGUUUGAAACAAGUGCUUUUACUGUACUUAGUAGAUGCAAGGGUUUGAAAAUUAGGGAAUAUCACUUGCAGUAUGUCCUUAGAGAUUUCCUGGUUUUAGCAGACACAUUCAAUCAUGUGAUGCAUUUAGACCAAUCACGCACAAAGGGAAAUAUUUGAUGGAUUGUAAUUGAAGAUAUACUCCCUUCAUCCUUUCUCCAUUUCUAUUCCUCUCAUCCUCUUCCCUCUGAUUUCCAUUCCCCUCCCUCUUUCCCCCCCCCCUCCCCCCCUUCCUGCUCACUCUAAUUUUCUUCCUUCUCUGUGUCCUCCUUAUAUUUCAUUCUCUCUCAAUAUUCCUUGGAAGUUUUCUCAAUUCCAUGCUUUAUUUUUGUUGUACCAUGUAAAACUGGAAAGAACAGUGUUUUAUUUCAAAAUGACAUGAUUGACAUUGGCUGAUUUCAGGUCAUAACCUGCCGGUAGCACCACAGCAGUUUGUAAAUCAGCAAGGUGUGACGCUCACUUCUCAGCAGUUCACUCCUCAGCAAUUGGCAUUGCUUAAACAGCGGAAACAAAUACAACUGCAACAGGCACAAUUGAAAAAGGCACAACUAGAUCAACAAUUGAAGCAGCAGCAGCAGCAGCAAAUGCGACGAAUUCAGAUUCCACAAGUUAACCGAGGACAGGUGACACAAGGGGCUGUUGCAUCAACUGCCAGCUCAAUUGCUAAACCAGGUACAGUGCAGCAACCUGGUGUACAACAGAAACAGCAGCAGCCAAUUACAAACCUACAGCAGGCUGCCCUUUUGCAGAAGACCAUCACACCACAGCAAUUUCAGCAGAUUCUGACCAAUCGGAAACUUGCACAGUUAACUCCUCAACAAGUUCAUCAACUUAAACAACAGCACCAAAAGAUUGCCAUAAGGCAACAACAGCAACAGGCUGUUGGAGGAGUGGCUGGUCUUAAAGGUGCGCAGGGUGGCCAGAUGGCUACUGCCUCUGCUGCAGUAACGACGCCAAUGACAUCUCAGGCUCAGCUUCUUGUGCAGGUGCCAGGUACUGGUCAGGUGAAGAGUCAGGUGACUUCCCAGCCAAUGGUCAAGCUGGGCACUGCACAGAUUCGGCAUCAACCACAGCAGUCUCAGCAACCCCAGCAGAUGACUACAGUCACACUGCAGCGGACUUCACCGGCAAUACAGCUGCUUCAGAAACAACAGCAGCAGCAAGUUCAGCAGCAGCAGCAGCAAGUUCAACAGCAACAACAGCAGCAAGUUCAACAACAUCAACAACAACAGCAAGAUCAGCAACAACAACAACAACAGCAGCAACAUACAUACGCUAUGAGGCAGCGUAAACAUUAA